CGGUGGAUCUCCUACACCGGCAACAUCCAGCGGCACACCGGCAGCAACGACCAACGACACCAAAUGUCACAUCUGUAUGGCUAACUUUCCGUCCGUGUGGUUGCUGGAGCAACACUCUGCCCUGCAGCAUCCGCACCUGACGAUCCACGACGAUAAACCCUACCUGUGUGGGCUGUGCGGACAGAAGAGCCGGUACGCGUGCUGCCGUUACCGCACGGUACUGGCAAAGCAUCACCGUGCCGAACCGGGCGGUCGUAGCCGUGUGCCGGCGGACAAACUGUUCACGUGUGACGUGUGUGGCAUGCAGUUCCGGUAUCUGAAGUCGUUCAAGAAGCACCGACUGAACCACGCACUGGAGCGUCUGCAUGGUAAGAAAGGUUCGGUUGGUGUUGGUACGACACCGGCCGACAGUGAACCGGCCGUGUCGAGUACGAACGAGAGCAGUGAUGGUGUUGCCGCUAGCAGUGCAAUGGUCGCAGAUCUGCGCAGCUUAACAGCUUGUGCAGACGGUGACGCAGAAAGUGUCCACGGGGAUGGAGGUGCGUGUGGGCAGGAGAAGAAACCGGGAGCCGAAGGUGGUGAGAUAGUUACGCCUGUUAGCACAGUAACGGGUGGCGGAGAAGAGCAAGAUGACACGGUGUCGGACUCUGCACUGAACCAAGCGACCACGAUCGCUGAUUCUGCUGGUCCAUCCUCGGUAGCUGGAACCAUCGAUGAUACUCAGACCAAGAUAAGCAGCAGCAGCAGCAGUAGCAGCAGCAAUAGUGCGACCAGCACAACACGUAGCAGCACCUGUCACAGCAACGGUAUUUCGAACCACUGUACCAAUGGCGGCGGUAGCAUUGGCAGCUGUCAAACGAAUAGUAACAGUGCCAGCGUUACGCGAAUGGUGCAGUCACCGAUGGAGGCCGCCAAUGAGACGCUGCUGGCAGGUGAGCUGAAACGCUAUCAGGCGGCAUCGGUAGCCGCUGUUGCUGCGGCUGCUGCCGCUGCCAACUCUGCCGCCGCCCAUCAUCAUGCGUCCGUUGUGCGCUCGAUGGAGGCAGAGUCUAGCAGUACACAUGCACCAGGCGGCAACGGCGGUGGUGUUGGCAGCAGUGGAGGAGGUGUGCUGCAGCACGGCCUACCUUCAACAGGCAGCUCAACCGGGCCGAGCUCGUUAAGCCACACGUUAAACAGUUUGAUUAACGCGGAAACGAUACCGCACCAUCGGCUGCUAGGGCUGGAUCCACAGGAAGCCUCCAUACUGAACUUUCUGCGCGUCGAUGCGGCUGAGAAGCAACGGGAUCGGCGUUUCGCCUGUCCGUUCUGUGGUAAGUGUGUGCGGUCGAAGGAAAACCUGAAGCUGCACGUCCGCAAACACACCGGUGAACGGCCGUUUGUGUGUUUGUUCUGCGGUCGCGCUUUCGGCGGCAAGUCGGACCUGACGCGCCAUCUGCGCAUCCACACCGGCGAACGGCCGUACCACUGUGAGGCGUGCGGCAAAUGUUUCGCCCGCGCCGACUACCUCUCGAAGCAUCUGACCACACACGUACACCAGCUGUCGCCGCGCCCGUGAGAGGAGGGCCGACGGAGGCGUCCGCGCAUGUCGGUCCUCUGUCGGAAGUGAAGCAUCCACGUUCCAGGUGGCCCCACCGUACCGAAACCUACCUAAAAGAUGCGGGAGAUGCGGACUCACUGCUCCAAUUCCUGCGUCCAGCGAGACCAGCACCUCUCGUUCGUGCAACGCAAAAGCAAUACCAGUCCACAACUAAAAUCCCCCUUUAUACUAGAGAGAUCCCCUUUAGUACUAGAGAGAUGGAGAGAGAGAGAGAAAGAGAGAUAUGGAUAGCUGAAAUUUAACGGAAAAGGUUCCUACAAGGAACUGAAUCACACACACACACGUCCACACCGGGAAGUGAGUACCAUUAUCAGGUGGCAACUGUGGACAUUAAAGGCUAGCUGUACUUGUAGCUGCAACUUUCGUCUAUUAUCGUUGUUGUACGUGAACACACUAUACCGUAUAUAUUAUAUUCACAAAUACACACACACACGCACACAGAACAAUAUACACAUACACCCAAACAAACAUUAGCUUGUACUUCGUUGCAGAGAGUGCCAGCCAGUCAACACAAUCACGCACCGGCCACACACACACACGGUUCAAUGUGGAACAAUUUUACCUCAGGCAAGCGCAACAUUAUCCGGAACCGGAUCUAUCUAACCGCACACAUACAACCAUCGCACGAUAGCAUCCGUCCGCCAUCUUACCGGGACACGGUGUACCGACUGCGGGUGAAGAUGACAAACAGAUUCAAGGUUACUCGCGCAAAACGUGUGAAAAAAAAACAGAAAGAAGUGUUGGUAGUACUUAGUAGUGGUCGCUCUUUUACUACCAUUUUGCUAGAGAUAGAAAGCUGCAGUAGAGGCCAGAAGUACUGACACUGGCAACAAGUGUAAAGAACCGGAAGCUAUUCUACAACGGUUAGGUGCGUUCGUAUAUCCGUCUUGUUUGAUGGCCAGGUAAGAGAACGACAUGAUGGAUAGAAGGGAUAAAACAAAAACAAAUGAAAAAAAAGGAUUUGACAGAUCUCCUGCAAAGAAAGUCCGCAAUUAAUUAUCUGUGAUUUUACGUCAUACAACGGAAUUGGUGCACAUCUUCGAACCUUUCGGGGUACGGGCAGCAACACACUGCUGCAUGCACGAUUUGCGGUAGCGGAAUUUUGUUAGGACGGAAACUGGAUGUGUUAUCGUAGGAUAGUAAACAUACAACUAAACCGCUAACGGAUUUAACUAUGGCGUCCAUUGUACAGAAAGUUACCAAAACAGCACAAACAACACACACACCCACCCACACAUGCAUGAAGCACAAUAGUGUAACAGUUCGGGUUUUAGGUUGAUUGUUUUCGGUUUUUGAUCGUGUUUGGUUUUAAGUUUUACGAUUGCAAUGACCCUGUCAACGACACACAUUCGUAGUAGUUCGUGAUGCAAUCAGAUGAAGCAGACAGUUUGAGUUGAACGCGCUCACCGUCAAACGCUGGCAGGGUUGUGCAAUCGCUUUUAGUGAACUAGAGUAUAUAUACACAAGAAUAUAAUAUUUAACGCAGUUGCAGUAGGUAAUAGACGACCAGCGGCCGGAAGCAAGGAAUUGGGGCAAACAUGCAGGAUAUGAAGGACGCGGCCAUAAGGACGAAACGAAGAAAGAAAGAAGAAGAAAAAAUAACUGAAUGUGAUUAUUUUCUAUAUAUUCAAAAGAUUUAAGCUAUUUAUACUUAUACAUGCAAAACAGAGAUUCAAUAGUGAUUUUACACGCAAUACCUAAUACAAGGAACAACGUAAUAUAACGACUAAAGAAACAUAAAAUCCGUCUCGUUCUGAAGGUACGAUAAAGGCAAACAGUGAUGCAGUGUUGAAAUGGAAACGAGCAUGAGACGAGCAUUUGGACGCAGCGAGCAUAUUUCAUUGCAUCGGGUUAGAAAUGUAUAUCGUCCUUCCCGCCUACCAAACCACACACCAAACACACUACCAAACAUACACACAGGAACAAAACAACUGGGAACUGCGUUAACUUCACACCAAUCAACCAAAAAAAAAAGAACAACCUAAACCAAACAGUACUCUAAAUCGAGUCGAAACUAAACUAAGCAGGCAACUGAUACCAAGAAGAUAUAUACAGCAUACUCUCAGAAACAAAUAAUAAGGUUUUUAGUUACUUUUAUACAUUCUAUAUUUAUAUACACUUAAGCCAAAAGGAGAUUUUUUCCGAAGCCGAAGUCGAGUGCAAGUUGUUAGUAUGCGCUUCGAGCGCAAACCGUGAACUAAAACACACGCAGCCCGUUUUUAACGUUAAUAGAUGUUCUUUGAGCAAGGGAACCACACGUGAAACAGGAUAGCCAUUAGCAGUAGUGACAGACGCUAGCCGAGGCGCCAUAAAAUGGCGCGUACCCCAAGUAUGCUGACAGCCAUGGAACGAGUAUUUUGUUAAACCUGCAAACGAUUGUUUCCUACCCGCCAACACACCCACACAAUAACACAAGACUAACAGUUUAAGGCUAUAUACAAUGUUUUUUGAUACAUAAGUACACAAGUUUUACGACGGGGUCAGGAAUCCAGGGCAUACAAAUUUUAAAACGGAAUAGAACAACGAACAUAAUGGUCGCGGUCGUGCUCAGUUCAUGCCGAAGGAGAGUUUUUUAACACAGAGAGAGUUUUAUUUUUAUUCCCAUACAAAAGCGAGAAGGAACAUGGAACGUAAAGCGGGGCGAACGAAAGAGAGUGAAACUUUGGAGGAGGACGGCGAGAGAGGGCUAUUGAUGUCUAAGAGCGCCUGAUGUUGGACUCUUUCUAUAUCCGGCCUACUAAGAAAAGUGCUGCACUGCAAAAAACAACUAUAAUCGGGUUCGCCGAUUCCGUCGAAGCUGCUCCUCACUAAGUUUGCACAAAAUGUUAUACGCCAUUUUGUCGAACUGUCAAAAAUGUCUAAACACACACACACACAGAGACAGAGUUCGAUUUAGUUAUCCUUCAAGCAUUAGUAACACCAUGAAGAAUUGCAAAUAGCGAGCUCUUUUCGCAACUGUUUUGUGUUUGUAAGUAGACUGUCCGGGGCGGGAGAAACCCUGGUAUUGCACCGGUAUUAGUGGCUAGCCUAGGACGCCGCAUAAGGUGGAAAAGGAAAUCGUUAUGCGAACGGAUACCACUGUAGCGUAUGAAUGGGAAAGUAACAAUUUCAACUGUGCCAAAUUAAAUGUACCUCAGUAACAUGGACAAAAUGUAGCAAGCAAGCGUACGUAACACAAACACACUUCAUACUAACACAUACGCAUGUAUAUACUGACUGGUGGAACUAGACUGGUUGGUUUUGCAAUCAUUUUGGUGUGUUUUGUGCGUCACACCAAAAUCAUGCAUAUUAGAAGAAUUGUGACAUCAAGUCACUAAGUAAAUGCUAGCACCACUGUCACUGUACCCUGUCAUAUUGCUUGUACAUGUCAAAUUGCUGAUGACACUAAACAACGCUGUCUCAGUAAUGAACCAAACAAAAACAAAAAAACGUUCGCUUCCAACGAUUACAAACAAAACCCGCCCCAACACACAUACACACAUACCCACACGAGCACAAACAAACAUUCAGACACACUCUAAUAUUAAUAUUAAUGAACAAUGUGUACUUGGUGUCGUUUUAUUUCGAGCAGUAACGCUCUCAAAAGCAAACAAAAAGCUACUAUACAUCUUAGAAAACCAAAUUUAACAUAAGUGUCGGUUUUUGUUUUGCAAAACGAUUAAGAAAUAAUCGGUAGCUGACCAGUGUGGCAGCAAACAAACCAACAAAAAUUGAAAAUUGAAAAACCAGAUGUACCAGCUGUGUACGUUGCUAAGCAGCUAGUAUAGAGGCGCACACUAGUAAUAGAUCGAUGUCUGUAAUGUUUGUAUAUUUUGCAACAACUAAAAAAAAAAACAACAAAUAAUUAAAUUAAAACAUGACGGCAUUAAACACAAAUGAUCUACUAAAUGUAAUGUUUAGGCAAUGCACCGAAGAAAAUGAAAAGUGAAAAAUGUGCACCAAAAACUGAAACAACACAAAAGGAAAAAUACACGCAAGCGCACACAGCCAAGCGCCAAAAAGGCAAAACGAACCGGCGAAACGAUUCAACUGUCAGGGGUAACUGUCAAAAAAACUGUCAAACGGCAGGGAAUAGUACACAUCGAUAGCAAUAGUAAGCACACCACCAAAAACCUGGGAAGCUAACACACACACACAUACACAGACGCACGAACACGGAUGAAAAUGUACGGCAGCAUUAUUCUACUUAAGAUUUACGUGUAUCGAUAGCAAAUAUGCUCUGAUUGAGAUUCAAUUAAGUUCCUACCGAUAAGACUAACUCGAAUCAGGGGUACGGUUGCGUUGUGGGGAGUGUCAAAGGUAAAAUUAUAACCGCCUCCCCUCCUCUCCCCCUCCUCUAACCACGUCUUUACAAGCGUACAAUCAUGAAAUUCGAUUAUCAAAUUCUGCGGGCAAAAUAGCUCAAUUGCUCUCAGUUUUAGCAUGUCGUCCCUACACGAAAAAAACUAAGUAACACAGUAACAGAGACGGCAUGCUAAAACUGAGAGCAAUUGAGCAAUUUUCCCCGCAGGUAAACAUGUGUUUGCGGCUACCGCUCGAUAAGUGUUAUUUGUUUUGUUUUCGUAUUGUUUUUGUUUUGUUUCCGAAGUUAUGUCGAAAACCAAUCUUAACGUCACGCCCCCAAUGGGAGCUACUGUCACAUUGUGUUUCGUUUUUUUUUUGUUGAAUGCUGUACCUUUUGUUUCUAGUUAGUAUAAAAGUUUAGAAAGUGAAUGGGACUGAACAGUGUAUGGCAGAUGCGUGACCGGUCCAACCGGUGCGGACGGAAGGAGAGUGAGUGAGGUGGCAUUGCGGGAUCUGAAUGUAACGGGGUUUCUUUAGCAGAGUAACUAGUAACUGGAACUGAAUGUGUAUUUUUUGAAACGUGUUGUACAAAUUUUUUUAGGUCAAAGAAUGAAGGUUUUUGCGAGCAGCAAAGUGUAAUGGCGGUGUAGGCGCAUGGCGCAGCUAGUGGGAAUAUAGAUUUAAGUAAGUAGAUUUUAAUAGCAGCAAGUGUACACCCCCUUGUGUCAGCAAUAAAUGGAUGUUCUUGUCCUAUUCCGGAAGAUAGGUAAAUAGACUAAACAGGGUGCCCCUUUUUUACGAACCAUCCGUGUUGCAAUGCCAAUUCCAUUGCUUUCAAAGCGGUCUGACAGCUGAGAUCAAUACUGCAAAAGGUAAAGAUCAUACAGCAAAUGGAACCAUCUCUACUACGGUGGCACCUCUUCUAUCGCUCGCUUCCGAGAGACUAUGAAGUAAACGCAACUAGUAGUAAGCGCACGAUGCAGAAAUGACUAACGAGUUUGAUAGUUUCCAUGUAAUACGUACCCACGGUGUAAAUGGCGUUUGUUUAGCCACAGCACGAAACGUAUCGUUUCUGACGUCCAAACGCCAUUACGUACCACUCUGCCAGACGUCCAGGGCCGAAGAAGCGGUAUGUGUGCCAUUUUUUGGCAACGCUCUUCAAAAAAUAAAACAAAAAAGAUAACCGGCUUCCAUCUUAACGUAUAAAACAAAUCACUAACAGAACGAAGGCUGGGGGAAUACAUCCAAUACACAUCACACUAAUACACCGUAAUACCUACCAGAAAGCAAAUGAAAUACAACAGACAAAUUGAAUAACUGAAGCAAUAUUGAAGUGUGACUAAAUAGUAAACUGAUCUGCAAGUCAUGUCGAAUGAGAUCUAUUACGUCGUAAGCUAGUACGUAAGGAUCAUACAAUACCAAAAUCAUAAACUCUAACCAUUUUUGUUUGGCAAAUUAACACACUAACACAUCCACACACGCGAAUGAAUCACAGUGAGUGGAUGGAUCCGCCAUUGGUAGUAGCAUUCGGUGGUAAAACACACUAAUGAUAUGUGACAAGAGAAAGUCGCGUGUGGGGAAGUAAAUUAGUAAGAAUUAGUGAUAUAUAACGUAUUAAGAGCUAGCAAAAGUUUGAAAAUCCUUCAACAAAACCCAACAAACUAUUUGAUCCAUGUGGGCGAACACAACUGAAAAAAAGGUAAAAGGAGAAGAGUAUUUACGGCAAAGAAUGGAUGCACAAUGACAAAUCGAUAGAGCAAGAUGCAAAGGAGAAUGAAAAAAUUGCGGCAAUUCAAACUUCAACCGGUUUGCGGUACUAGAUGACAGAUUGUCAACCCAAGCGCUAGAGGUGUAAGUGUGUAACCAUAGUAUAUUUGUAUAGUUCAGUUACACUAGCAAGUAAGCUAGGUUAGGUCCGGUGCGGCUACUGGCAUAGUGUAAGGUAAGUGUUACUUGUUUUGCUUCGUUAAUUAUUUGUCGCAUACGAUACUUGUGUGCAGCAGGUACAAAAAAACACAACUGUAACUACACUGAUACGUUGACGUUCUUACUGCCAAUACUACAAUACUUUCCAUUAAGUGUGUUGAGUUUCCAUAACCUCAAUCGUUUAAGAAACGAUGAAAAGGUGAUAGAGAAAUAGUAUAAGCAGGGUUGGGUGGCGAAAACGUGUGAAGGCAUCGUAGUGGAGGAGCACAGAAAACAAAGCGAUAGAUUUACCAAACAUGAUGUAACGAAAUAGACGAUAAAGGCGCAUUUGCAUUGCACCACCCUAACGAAACCCACCAACCAAACCGUGAAGGUACUUGUUAGCCAUGCCAGCGUAAACAGUUUUAGAUUCCGCGUACUUGUUACUUAUCUGAGGUCUACACACAAGCUGUAAAACUUAACCACAACAACGACCGUUGGUUAGUAACGCACUCAUCGAUCGAUUACUGCCGAUUAAGUUCAUUCUACGAAACAACUACUAAGCUAUACAGUAAGAAACCGAAGCGCUAAUAGCAGUAAGUACCGACAAACUUUGUCGAUGCCGCCUGUGAUAACAGUGAAACCUACAAGCCAACGCAUCAAUAGUCGAACAGCAACACACAGUUACCAAUUACAAUAGACGUCUGCUGCCCUGCGGAGACUAUCGAAAGAUAUAGAAAAAGACAGCGAAAGAGUGUAAGAGUGAGAGCAGAGAUAGGGAAUAGCAAUGUAAACAUAAUAUGUGAUUAAGAGGAUUUAUUUCGGUCUUAUUGUCCUGCACGGAAGAAUCGUGAGUACGCUACCCACCCAAAAACACACACAUACAGUGGAACGUCGAUUAUUCGCCUGAUGUCGGAUUAUUCGUGUACUGUGCGGAAAUGACAGUUCCAAGUGCGAUUUGACAUAUUGUGGACAGUGAAAUUGGUGACGACCAAAAAUACGUUCAACAGUAAAUAAGAGUAUGUGUUCAAGAAUGAUGAAAAUUUACAAAUGUCUUUUUUGCAAUGGCACACAGCCUUCAAAACCCGAUACAUCAUACAUUAUACACAAAACAUUAAAGAAAGAUAUACCUAUUAUCCGUGUUAUCCGUUUAUACAGCCAGAGCCGAAUCCGGAUAAGAAAGGAUAAUCGACGUUCCACUGUUAUAUACUUAACUAAUCAGUGAUUUUCUGAGUUAUUCUGUAGUACUACCUGAGUGAACAUUUUCUUUACCUUCUACCCUAGUUACAAGUUGACAGGUGGAUAGAUAGUUAUGUUUCGUCCCAUUAGCUCUCGAUUUUUGUUGAUCUAGUUUGUAUGUAUAGUGCUGUAAAAUUGGCAAAAUGUUUAAACAUUUGUACAGCGUAGCUUAAUAAUCGCCUUUCUUCACUCGGUAUAACAUUUGGAAAAUACCUAAAUUGGUAACAGAUCUGAACCCUAGUUUGUAGGUAGUUGGCAAAACAUGUCCGUAUUGCUGACAGCUAAUGCUCCGUAUCUUAAUCUCACUGCAACAUUAACAGCAGAGUAAGUGGUAUCACUACCAUUAAAAAAAUCCCCGGAGUACGUGCAUUGGCAUGUAAAUUAUUGCGUUUCAUUGAAUAUGCUGAUCGUGGACUAAAUUAAGCUAAACAAAAAUAACAACAAAAAAAACAAAAUCUGUACAUUUUAUGGAGGGGCAAUAGACUUGGUAGUUAAAUCAAUUUUUAAAUUAUCUUUCUCCCGCAUGUAAACUUAUCUUUUUUCUGAGCGAAAUAAGAUUUAUGAGGCGACGAUACUAUCGAGAUUAGUGGUAAAGGACACAAUAUCACACCAGCACCAAAGCUGGUUGUGAGAAAAAGAUCGAUCAAGUGAUACCGAAAGGAAAUAGAGAGAUAGAGAGAGAGAAAGCGAGAAAGAGAGUGUGAAAAAUGAAAGGUUAAUAUUUAGUAUUCCGUACGAAUGGAUCACCAUGGAUUGCACUGUGCGUAAACUGAAACGUUGGCUAAAUGAAAAAGUUGACCGGAUAGUACCGUGCUCGGCAAAACAAAGUUGUUGUACCGUUCAAUUACACUAUUAUAAGUAAACCUAUAGACGAAACGAGGAAACGAGAAAGAGCGAGAGCAAAUGGAAAGAGAAAAGAAACAAACCCUAAAAGGUACGACAGGCAGAAGACGAUACACUCAAAACAAAUACUAUUCGGUGUUGUGACUUACUAACUUACUUACAAUAUUCGUAACAUUCCAUUGCAAAAGUGAUAUUGGAAUGCAAUCGAGUGACGGCAGGUGUAGGGUUAAGUGCAGGAAAGUAAAUUAUUAACUAUUAAACUCAUCAUGACCAGAUGCUGAGACUAGACCAUGAACAAGGCGAACAGAAGAAGCAAGGGAGCGGCUGAGCGAAUGAUGACAGAUGUUACAUAUAUUAGGAAUGUGAAGGUAUUUGUGCACGGGUUUGCAGUUUGACCUGAUUGCUGGCGUACGGUAGAUGACAGACAGUUUUACUACCGUGUCAAACGUUGCUGCCCAGGUGUUAGAUUGUGUUAGUGUGAACAAUUUACAACAUAACGAAAGCAAAGUAGGCACAUGCACAUAUAAGCAUAUUAAAAUAACAAUUGAGAUGUACUUUUCCAUUCAUAUGUAUGUGUGUGUGUGUAUUUUAGAGAGCAAUAAUUAUUAAUAUAAAGUAAACAAAAAACUGUCACAUUCACGACAAUGCUGUACUAAGUACAUGAAAGUGAAUGUGUCAAAUAAUAGAAGCCUGCCAGGAAUGAAAUCAAACAAAAAAAACUAACAAACAGCAAAAAAGGGAUUUACUAGGUGUGCUAGUACACAAAACCAUGAUGAAAUAUCGAUGGCAGCAAGAGAUCAUUUAGUAGGAUGUGUUGGAAUGGAAUGAUUGUGAUAAAGUUAAAACUAUUAUUAACAAAGGAUACAUGCAUACACUUACACCGUAAACAAGCGAGAGGUAACAAAGUGAUUGUUAAAUUGUCGCCAUAGAGAGGAAGAGAGAAAAAUAGAAAGCAAGAGAGCGAGAGAAAGAGAAAGGAGAAAGAAAGGAAGAGGGAAUUAAAUAUUACUGAAAGAGAUUAAAAAAUAAUAAUUAAUGUAUCCCUCCUCGUAAACAGAUAGGAAAUUAAUCCUAUCGCCAGAUAAAGAAGGUGAGCAAAUGUGCGAGAGAAACAAUUUCAUCGUGUGUGUGUACGCCGAUGCUAAUAAGCCUAAUCAUGGAUAACGAACAUUGAUCUAUUCGUUCGGCUGUCCCAUAGUUAUGACGAAAAGCGAUGCACACACACACCACAUGUGUGGUAAGCACCGCUUACAAAACAAGAACAAAAUGAAAGCUAUAAAUGAUGCCGUCAACACUAACUCACCUACAGAAUGUGACGGUUAAGAGCACUGCGUAUAUGGUUUUUGGUUUUCUGUUUUUUAGUGAUAAACGGAGUAACAAAAUAGUAACACGAAAGAAUAUUCAUAUUAAGCGCAGGCAAACACUAAAAAAAACAUUAAACCAACACAGCCAUGCAUUAUUACACAAAACACAUACACAUAUUUAUUGCAAAACAAUUGAAAAAGGUGUACUUUGAUCGAAAUGGUUUCAGACAAAGAAGAAAAAAAACAAGAAAAGUGAAGAAAAAAACAAAAGCAAAUGCUGCGGUGUUAUUUGUACGAGCAAAUAAGUGAAACUAAGACUCAAUUUAGAAACGCAGGAAACAAAAAAAUAAUAAUUUAAAUAAGAAAAAACACAUGCCAUUGUGAAAUGGUACGCGUAUCGUGUCUCCUGUGUGUGGAAAACCCGGUCGAUUAGCAACCAUGGAAAGCACAAGUGAGAAUUAAAGUGAAACAAAACACAAGUGAAACAAAACAAAAAGAAAAACGUGCAACAAUGGAAACAAACAAUGUUUUUUAUAUAUUCUCCGCCCAUAAGUAUUCCAAAAAUUCAAUUAUAAUGUGUGUUGUACAUCUUUCGCAUCUAUUUCCUCUUUUUGCAAACGAGAGUACAUACAAAAUGUGACUAAAAUGAAGAAGAAGACAACAAAAACCACAACUCACACAAGAAAACAAAAAACUAGCACAGUAUAAUGGAGUGGCUGUCGUGUAUUUACGGAGACGGUGGUGUCCGAUAGAACGGUGAGGGAUGAACAAACCAAAGCGAGAAAUAUGAAAACUAUGCGGAGCAACGUGUAUUGGUAUUAAACUUAUUCUGUUAAACUAUUCUAAACCUCUCUUAAAUCACAAAAAAACCGCAUGAACACUUUUCGCCGCAAAAUAUUUUAUAGGUAACGAGCGAGCAACACUAGUGAAGCAUGUGAGUGUGUGCUUGCGUAAACUGUGAAAAACGUCCGAACGUGAUUGUUUCUUGGAGUGUAAUGUAAUGUUGAAAACAAACCACACACACACGCACACACGUACAUUAAAAAAAAUCAUGGACUGAAGAUAAAAACAAUUUAAACGGCGGUUGCGAACGAAGAAGGAAAACUUACACAAGAACACACAAGGCAAAGAACCAUUUUUAGGCAAUUUUUCACAACCAAACAUUUAAAUCUUAUAUACAAAACGUGCAAGCAAACAUGAAGCAGUAUAAUCGAACUAAAUCACUCUCAAAUGCACACUCACAUACAUAUACACACACAAACAUUUAUAUACACAUACAAACACAACGCCAAACAAUUAUUCAACCACAUCACAAACACACUAAACAAAACCUAUUUCUUGUAAGAGAAGCUUUCGGUGUCCAAUUUAUAAGGAAGAAGCGGCAAUGGUUGCAAACUAUUAAGUGAAAAGUGACCCCCAACCAAAAAUACAUGAUCUGUAGCAAUGCAGACAGAUAAACAUAGGUGAAAGCAAAAACUGAAAGAGAAAAAACACGACCUAGACGAAGCAGUACAAGCGGCAGAACAAAGGACUUCAAUGCUAGCAAAGACGAGGAACGUGUCUCAUUUUUGGAUUUGUUUAUUUUUAAUAGUUUAUUUAGAUUUAUCCGUUUUGUUAAGUGCGUUGAUUUCGAUUGUUCGAAAAAGUUUAUUAAAUAAUGGUUUUUAGUUUAUUUAAUUUAUUUCGUUUUUGUUUGUUUCACUUAGGGAUCCAUUUGAUAGUUGACAUCUGUAGGGAUUUGUUUUGAAUGUUAAUUAGAAAGGCAAAUAAUUUAAUUUGUUAGACCUUAACACACUCACAUUUUACAGGUUGUCAAAAACGGAAAAAGUUCAAACACUCACACACGCCCACACACAAACCAACGGAAACUUACCACAGAACAACAACAAAAAAUAUAACACUCCUAGUGUGCUAACAGUAAUCACCGUCACGUCAGUACAUCUGUCAUAACGACAGCAUCACGAAACUUCCCAUAGCUCGGCAGACGUAAAGUAAAACAAUAUAUUGUGCAGGUCACGUACGAUGAAGAAAAAAAAACUAUGGAAAACACAAUAAUAUUUUUUGAUACGAAACAUUUUUACAACCCGGUUUAAAAUGAAGAAGACAAAGAAAAAAUACAACGCAACUAGAUGAAACAAGCUAAGGUGUGUGCAUCGAGAGGUGAAGCACCUUGCCAGUAGUGAAUUGGACGUUCAUUACAUACGCAAUACAUCGCAAACAACCGUAACUAAAAGCAAAGAAUGAAACCAAACCCGAUACCAUUUGAUAACCGGCCCAAUCGCCCAUUAGGCGGUGAAAAGGUAGGUUCUCACCCAAUAAAAUGCGCUAAGCUGCAGUUGGUUUCAUAUCAUUUCAGCUCUUUCGUUGAUUACAUUAUCGGUCCUGGAAUUGGCACAGUAAAGAUAAAGGUGCAGACGCUUACACAUACAUAAAUUCGGACGUCCAAAUUUACUCAAUUGGUUACCGCAAACGAUGAUAAAAAUAAUAUGGAAAAGGCACACCGACACUACCAAUAAUAAUUUCAAACCAAACCAAUCAGAUCACGCUAACAUGUGUAAGAUGGUAUCGAAAGCAGUACCGCUCUGCACAAACACAAAAAUGGAAAAAUUGAAAAACAAAGUUUGAAAAAUCUCCUUCUUCACGAGCACCGCACUUCGAGGAAGCAAAAUUGAAAAUGAGAAAAUUGUUACAAAAAAAAAUUCAAUACUAUGUGAAAAUUUAGGCAAAUAAAAUUUGACAUAAAUCAGUAUCGUAAAUAAAUUGGAAUAAGGUAAAAGGAAACACAAAUUUCAAAACAAAACCCUUCAAUUGUCCAAAAAGCAAAAAUUAAAAAAAAAAACAAAAGUCAUCGUUAGCAAGUGGUUUUGCUGGGGAGAAGUUCUAGCGCUCCAAAACUCAAACGCAGCACAAUUGUGAGUGUUAUGUGCUUGGCAGCUGUUUUGGUGAGAGAUGAGCCACUCGGGCACAUAGACAACAGCCCAAAAGCAUUGGCGCUACGAUGACUCCACUAAAGCAAACCACUCUCACUCCACCAUGUAGUACAUAGGACGAGGAGAAUCUAAAGAAACAUACACCCACAUAAACACAAACACUCACAUUGUCCAGCAGAAUAGGCGAAGCAAAAGUAUAUUAAAUUAUGUGGAAAAUAAACAAAAAAAAACACAAACACACUUCUUAAUUCUUGUUGUAAUAAAUGUUAUAUUUAUUGAAAAAUA